UAUCUUUUUAGUUACACGUGUACUUGUGACGAAGCAAGAAAUGACGGUCUCCUUGUGUUUAGGGCUUUUACUCCUUCUUGCCCGACUAAGUUCGGGAAAAUUGAAGGAAGGAGAAUGUGAAGUGUGUGUCAAGUUUUUGACGAGGUUUGUUGAUGGGUUGGAGUCAUCUGAUAUGAGUGAUAUUGAUGUGUUGGAGAAGAAGUUCAGGGGAGUUUGCGGUCAGGCGAAGAAGAAAGAAAACAGAUUUUGCUACUAUAUUGGUGCAACAGAAGAUGCUGCCACUGGUAUGGUCAAGGAAGUCAUCAAACCCCUCAUGUCUAGUAUCCCACCAGAGAAAGUGUGCGAAAAACUAAAGAAACAAGAUUCUCAAAUCUGCGAACUCAAAUACGACAAACAGAUUGAUUUUAAAAAUGUUGAUUUGAAGAAGCUGCGUGUGAAGGAGUUGAAAAAGAUUCUCGCCGAUUGGGAUGAGGAGUGCAAAGGUUGUGUUGAGAAAACCGAUUUUGUUAAACGAAUUGAAGAACUGAAACCUCGUCAUGUCGAACUUUGAUGAUUUUUGUACGGAUUUACUUCAGAGAUAGUAGAUGUGGAAUUACAAUUUGUGUCCGACUAGUAGUUCAACAAGCAAUGCUGUAGUUGGUAUUGUGCAUUUGUGUGGUGCAUUAAUAUUAACUAAUUUUAAUAUCAA